CCGCAACCAAUAAAGGCGGUGAAUCCGAGCAGAAUAACUACCUCAGUGCGCCAAGACGUUCCUUUUGUCGAACCAUAUCGCAUUGAGGUAAACUUGUGCUCGUAUGAUUAUAUCUUUUCUCCCUGUUGUCACAAGAGUUUACUUUACCGAUCAUGGCUGCACCGCUCGUUGUUCCCGCCCUGACAAGGCACACUGCCACCGUUAUCAUGGCCCAUGGAUUGGGUGAUAGUGGUGCGGGCUGGAUUAUGCUAGCCCAUAAUUUCCGGCGUCGUGGCUUAUUCAAUGAAGUCGCGUUUAUUUUCCCCAAUGCGCCUGCUAUUCCCAUUACAAUUAACUUUGGCAUGUCGAUGCCCGGUUGGUAUGAUAUCGUGAAGCUGGGAGUGAAUGUACCCGUUGAAGAAUUCUCUAAAGCCCAGGAUGAGCGCGGAAUCCUGAAAUCACGCGACUAUUUCAACAGCCUCAUCAAAGCAGAAAUGGACAAGGGCAUAAGCCCUUCACGCAUCGUGCUGGGAGGCUUCUCGCAGGGAGGUGCCAUGUCACUUUUCACUGGCAUCACACAGAAAGAGAAGCUGGGCGGCAUCUUCGGUCUGUCCUGUUAUUUACCACUCGGCGAGAAGAUAUCGACGUUCAUGCCGGACGGGUUUCCGAAUAAGCAGACUCCGGUCUUCAUGGCGCAUGGCGAUGCUGAUUCUACAGUGCUAUUUGAAUGGGGCCAGAGGUCAGCUGAUAGUCUGAAGGCACUGGGAAUGUCGGUGGACUUUAAUAAAUAUGCUGGUAUGGGCCAUUCGGCGGACCCGGGGGAGAUGGCGGACUUGGAGAAAUUCCUGCACAGGGUGAUCCAGCAGAGGAUGCAAAGACAGACGCACUAAAUCGUGACUAUGGACACCCUCAGGUAGUAGUCAGCGGUGUCUUAGUACGUCGAUAUUGGCCUUGUUCAUCUUGCUCGUCGUGUUGAUCGCUUCAAAGCGAUUCUCACGAUCAGCAGCAAGCAAAUGAAAGGCGGACGUAAUCGUUAAUUGGACAUGGGGAUAAUAAAGCCGUUGUGGGGUCUAUGUGCAUACCUACCCGUAGAACCAACGAGCUUAGAUAUAUAUAUUUGGAUUUUUUUACUUUCUGAUAUUGUUGUUUUAUAUAUCUCUUUUACAUCAUGAAUCUGUUUAACUAACCAUAGUCAUUUCUAGCACCUAUUUUACUGUUUAUUCUUGUACACAAUCUCAAUUAAUUACCUGGAAUUGAAUUGCUUGGUAUGUUCGACCAGUAACUAAAACAGUGACGUAAUUAUGUUCACCGAGUUAGCCAAGCCGGCAAAGCUCAC